GAGGCACCACUUAUAAACAUCUCUUUGGGAGGAAAAUAUUACAUUGAAGGAUCCCGUGUCACCAUAACCUGUGAAGCUUCUGGGAAACCACUGCCGGAUGUAGCAUGGUUUAGAAAUGGAGUACUGGAAAGUUCAGGGAAGAAAGCUUCGUUUUUAAAGUUUGAUAAUAUAAACAGAACAGAUGCAGGACAAUACACAUGUCGUGCCAAUAACUCAGUGGAAGUCACUUCUGUUGACACAACAAUUAUAGUUCACUGUAAGUAUAUUUUAACCUUAAUUUUCUAUCUCUGAAUUUACUUUAUUUAAAGUGCAACUCCUGUCAUUGGGGUCAGUUACACAAAACUGACGAAUCUUUUCAAGAGAGUAAGGAAACAGGAUUCCACCUCAAAUCCUUUUCGGCUCAUGCAUCAGUUUCGAGUAUUGGUUGGGACAAUUUAAUUUAGGCGGAAUUGUUUCUCACGUUAUUUUCCUUAGGAGAACGUGACAUUUUUUUACCAAGUCAUUGCUUCAGUUGGACUGUGUUUAACUCAGAAAAUGACUUAAAGCCAUUUGCGAGUCAUUGUGACGACCCAAAAUUCGCUCCGUUUGACCAGCGCACAAGGCUAGUGCAUAUUCUGAUUCUGUGUGAGGGUUCUGGUCGGGGCUUAGUGGAAAUCUGAGAAUUGGUCAAAAUUCUAACCGUCAACUGAGAAAUUACAUAUUUCUUUUUUUACUGAUAGCUGAGAUCAGCUGGUGUGGAAAUGGGCUGAAACUUGAACUGCAUUCUAAGAUUUGCGCAUAUUUGUAUGAGUGGUGUUCGAUGAAAUAUACUAUUUGAGGGCAAGAAUCCAUUUUAUAUUUCAUUAUUCCUAAGCCUUGCCACCUUAUACUGAAUACUCGACUGCCAAAUAACACGAAAGUGACAGACUGUACUGUGGAGUGAUUACAACCUUCACUCUUUUUUUUCACCUAAAGACAAGGAAAGGAAACACAAAUGCUUUGCUGGGUAAUUGAUUCCCAUGACUUUCUGGUUUGAGAGGCUGUGUAACCUGCAAGCACUAUGCCGCUCUGCUCUUUGAGAUACUUAAUUGUUUCGGUGUUUGCGUAUGGGCAGGCACUCGACCUUUGUUGUCAGGAGCAGAUAAAAACCAAGCAUGAAUGGUAACGUGAUUUCUAGAUUUUAAAGUCACUUAUCAAAAUUACACCGAACAUACUUUCAUGGAUAUAUACCACAUAUAAAAAACAUUUCCUGUAAAAGAAAAAAAAAAUCGCAACAAGAUCGAAAUCGAAAUUUUACGUAAAUGUCUAGAGAAAUAUCGGACCUACUUUUUCCUAUUUUUUAAGUCCAGAAAUGGUCCUACUCCUAUUUUUAAGUCCAGAAAUGGUCCUAUGUCUAUUGUUGUAUACAUGUACAUGUUGUAUACAUGGGAAUACAUGUACUUGCUUACUUUGAGCCAUGUCAUCGUAAAUUCGACAUUAAUAAUGACAACUUAAUUUACGGACAUAAUCAGGAUCAUUAUAGGAAAUCAUAUUUUUAGAAAUGCUGAACUUUGGAACUUGUUAUCAUAUGGUAUAAAAACAAUCCCUUCUUUUUUCCUCUUUUAAUUCCACCCCAAAUACUUCUUAUCUCUUAAAACGAGAAACUUGUAACCCUCCUGGCUAUUGAUAUAUGUUUUAGUAUAAUUGCUUUGGUGAUUAUAUACAUGCAUGCACUCUGAUUGGUCGAGGAGUACUUCAUAUCUCGCUUUAAUCACGAAUGAUACAGCAGUGGAAUGAUAAAGCUCAUUAACGUUCUAAUUGAUAUGAGGUAUUACCAAUUAUUCAUUCAAUUGCUUAUUGCAUUGGUAUUUAUUCUCAGACCCGCCCACAAUUCAGAAUGUCACCACGUCAUCUAAGAAGUCUUGGAUUGGCCAGACAGUGACUUUGAAGUAUCUUUCUGAUGGUGUUCCUACACCAACACUCUCUUGGUACAAACCUGAAGGAAGUGAAAUAAACAGAGUCACAGCCAGAGAAAACAAAGUACAGGUGCCACUCAGGGGUGAUCAAGAUUUUGGUCAUUACAAGUGCAUUGCUGCCAAUGGACUUACUCCACCUGAUGAGGAGUUAAUAAAGAUAAAUCCGAUAAGUAAGUAAAAAAGAUCAGUGUAUUUUGAUAAGAAGAAAAGUAUAUAAGGUCAGCAUUUUCUUUUGCCUUUGCUCAUUAUCACUGUUUCAGGUGAAUUAGAAGUAAAACCCAAAUUUUCUUACAAAGUACUCGACAGAGUAACUCAUUCACUUUGUACAUUUGAUAGUUUAACAUAUAAUAUAUGCGGAUAUUUUGCAAGGCCUAUAGUUGUGUGGAAAAAUGUAAGCUUAUGUUACACCAUCGAGUAAGGGACUUAUCAUUCUUUAUUUUGCUAACAACUUGGCCGCUUAGUUUUCGACAUACAUCCUGCGGCCUUAUCUGAGCGUUCCAAUGACGUUUCCCGUCUUUAGCAGCAUUAGACCUUCACAUAUAUUUCACGUUCGUUACGCCAAUGAGGUAUAACAGCGUAAUAGUGGAAUUGUGCCGGAUAUAGUAAGCCUGAUCUUUUAGUGGAAAAUGCACCCAUAUUUGUAAAAACGAUUAACAGUAAAUUUACGACACCCUGCCUGCUGGUAGCAUUAAACACGUUAAAAAAGAGCGUUGAAAUUCAGGAAGAUUGGCGACAUCUUCCAAUGCGAGUAACCAUAGGAAACUUCCUCAACCAUGGAAACUUAAUUUUUCCUCGUUUUCUUAAGCUCUUGGCUGAAUUUAUCCAGUAGCUACAUGUUAUUCAUUAAACUUUAUUAAUACAAGGACUUGCAUUCAUCCUAAGUAUUGUAACAAAACUCACUGUGGAGUAAUCACUGAAAAAAAAUUCUCCGGUUUUUUUUUUCUCCUUUUGCUCAAAAUGAUCCCUUUUUUAUGGCACUAUAAAGAGAAACCAGGGAAAGCAUCCAUCAAAUCGUCAGAAUCAGUCAUUCAAGCAACUUUUAUAACAAUACGAUGGACUGCACCAGCUGAUGAUGGAGGAAGUCCGAUUACAGGAUACCAACUGAUCUUACAAAAGGGUGAAACUGAGUUAGAAAAGGAUGCUAUCACCAAUCCUGGGACGACAUCUUACUCGUUUCGUGGUUUGGAGAAAAAUACCAACUACACAGUGAAACUGUUUCCCAGAAAUUUCGUAUUCGAGGGAGAUCCUACUGUAAGGACGAUUAAGACCAAGCUUGAAGGUAAGGAAUCAGAGGUGAUAUCGUGAUUGAGCACUUAGCACCAACCGUUUUGUUACCAACUUAGAUUUGUUGUGAGUGGUCCCAGUUUUACCAUCUUAUCUGCUCGCCGUAUUUUAAGAUUUUUGAUUUUAAGUCCCCCCCAUAAUGGCCAUUUUCCUCUCCCUCUCUAAUAUUUAUUUGAGAGGUACCUACUUAUGAAGAAGCGUAUCACUAAACCACAGGUAAACGUAGGUGAGAACAAGAGACAACCCAUGCGGUUGCGUUUUGUAAAUGCUACCUGUUUUAUCAAGAAUUGUUUGCCUUGUGGUGUUUUUUUUAUGUUCACGUCUCUAAAUCUUUUGAUAUAAACUAAUAACAACAAAAAACGCUAGAUAGUGACCUUUACGUUAGUUGGAUACAGUUUUCCUAAACGCUUACCGGCUAUAUUCAGAACAGGUAUCAAUCGCUCUGACGAAGGGCUAACGCUCGAAACGUCAGCUUUUUUUCCCUUCACGGUGGCUAAUUUACGUUUUCAACUCAGUAGUUAACACUAAAUUACCUGCUAUACUCUCCCACCGACGCAGCACCACAGUUUCUUUAGAAACUUUCCCCUUUAUAUAUUCAGAACACCCAACAACCAACUACCCAUUUUGCAGUAUUGGAGUGGAUCCAGAAUUUCGAAAAGGGGGCUUCGAACAAAUGGGUAGCCGAAGGCGGACCCAUCUGGGGGGGGUCCACAGGGGGCAUGCUCCCCCGGGAAGUUUUGAAAUGCGAUUUCCAGCGUUUUGAGGGAUGAUGGUGGACGGUUUUUAAAAUACCUUAACCAUCUCUUAUGAAAGCUAUUUUAUGAAACAAGGACUACGUUUUGGUCUUGACAGUAAUCGAGAUCAACUGACCCCUAGAAAAUGAAACUAAAAUCACAGUAAUAUAUUUUUCUUCGCUAUUUAAUGUGUUCUAAAAGGUCAUACUUAAGAUUCCUCAAAAAUGGGAUCAACGAGUAACAUCCUACGAGGUUGUUGUUCGGCAAAUUUCUGAACUAUAGCAUAGUAAUCGAAGGGCUUUUCAUAUUCAAUACUCAUUAAAGCCAGGCCAGAAAGUCUCUCGGUUGUCAUCGUGGUCCGAAGGUAGCCCUUGACUAGUUGAGUGCUGUUUGAGCGCUCGUUAUCAGCUGAUGUUACUGGAAUUGUACAUGCUAUUCGCAACAACAGAUGUGGAUGUUCGGAAAGAUGUUGGGAUCACAAGCCUGUAGAUCGACAAAAAGUGUAGUCAAUAAAGCUGUCAUUUGUUAACCUAAGCGAAAUUUAAACAAAAACAAACUGAGUUACUUCGCGCUUCAACGAUGCACGACGCAAGACGUGCUUCAACAUGUAAGGCAGGUUGAAGCGCGUCUGGUUUGUCCGUCUCGGAUUGCUAUCUUCUCAUCCAACGAUCAUAUUCAAUGUCGAGAGUCUGUGGGCUUGGGAUAUCUGACAUAUACAUCUCGGAGACUUCAACUAGGUCUACAAUUGUGCACGCUACCGUGGUGCUUGGCAUAAGACGAAGCAAUUGCAUAGCAGUCUUCUGAGUGGACCCAAAUCUGAAAAAAAAAUUCCUGUGAUGAAUGAACCUGUUUGCUCGAUCAUGCAUUAUUUCUCUAAAUAUUUAUGGUUAAGUAAACAGCCGAAAGGUUGAUAAUUUAUAUAGAUUACCUUAAAGACAUUUCUUGUGUGAUAUGGUCAAGGAAUGGAAUGUACAGAUUGCGACGGUAAUAUUCCUCAGCUGUGUCAUGGGGUGCAUUUGCCCUAUGUUGUUGUCUUGACGCCGUCCUAGGAGCACUUGGUUCUGUUCCCAGCUCUGAACUGAUCUCCACAGUAUAUGCGUACCGUCUUUUGAAGACAACAUCAUUCUUGUCUCGCAAUUGUUUCAACUUCUUCUCUGUCUCCGAAAUCAUGUUGUAGGCUUUAACAAUGUCAUUGGACUUUUUUGUAGCUUUACGUCAAUCGUCUUUAUGAAUGCCAGAAUUUUCAUCGUGACCGUCAAGGACAUGAGGAACUGGAAAAAACACCAGGUAUGGUAGCAGCCGUUUACUCUUUGGAGGGUUUCUAUCACAGUUCCAAGACGUAUCAGAGCUGUAUUGUUGAUGCUGUUGUUCAUCUAAAAUAACCUCAAACGUUUUAACUACUGAUGGAAGUAACUGAACAAAAGUUUCAUGCGCCUCGUGAUGCUCCACCCAACGAGUAUGGCAAGGGUCGCUAAUCUUGGUUCCUUGAGACUCUGGCUGAUCUAGGCUUAUCACUUUUUUCAAGCACCUCAGCCGCUUAGGGGAGUAAUUAAAAAGUUUGCACAUUCUGUAAUUGUGCCAGCCAUGUUGGGAACUAAUGGCAAGCUACAUGCCUUUACGAUAACGAGAUUAAGAACAUGCGAAUUGCAGUGUACGCACAAGGCUUUGAAGUUUUCCUGGAAAUAAAGCCUUGUAUACCUCUAGCUUGGGAGGACAUGUUUGAGGCACUAUCGUAAUCUUGCCCCCGGUAGUGGGAAAUAUCCAGGCCCAACUGCUCGAGUUUUCCUAGGAUCAAUUGCGCGAUCACCUCUCCAGUUAUUCUUUCCGUAACUGGAAGUCUAAAAACUCUUCGCGAAUUUUAGAGUCUGUUAACGAACCUAAAGACAAAUGAAAGCUGCUCAAGUUUGGUGUUGUCAGUCACUUCGUCGCACAGAAUUGAAAAGUACCUGUUAUCGCUUUUGCGCUUCUUGUCAUUGCCUCCUCAGUUGGCAAACCCCCUGGAGAGAAAAGUUUGUUUUAUCGGCGGAAAAACCGAUAAGAAGAAGAAACUCGAAUGGCUCGAGAAGCGGAGCAUGCGCACUCAUUUUUCCACCGUGUCAUGACCGAGUGCCUUUACUAAGUCAUGCGCGAUGUCAAACUUUCUGUAAUUACGUAACACAAAUGAAUGCAUCGGUACUUCAAUUGAUUAUAUGAAAGUAGCUAAACAAAUCACUAUUUGUUUUAAGUUACAACCGACCAUCAUUUUAGGCUUCUCAUUAUCACUUUUUGUCUAUUCAAAUUAUUUUAAAUUACUUAAAUUACUUGCAAUACACAUUCGUUUAAAAAAUAUCCCAAAAAAUCCUCGACCAAUUUACCGAUUAUCUUAUCACUGAUAAUGGUUGUGACCAGGUUAUUAUCAAGAAGUUGUAUAAUUAUUAGAAAUUUCACGCUGUCCGUGGUGUUGACAUCAAUCUAGGAGCCCCAGAUGUGGUCGAAAUAGACCAACUGCCAGAUGAAACAACAGACGAUACAAUUACCCUAAAGUGGAAGGAGCCAGAAAGUAAUGGAAAAGUUAUCACCAUGUAUACAGUGUACCAAAGAGUAGUAACUGAUGGGAAAGUGGGACAAUGGACAGAAAUAAGGAAAAUCAGAGAUGUUUCUACGAGAGAAUUGAAAAUAGCGUUGGAGAAAGGAAAGGUGUAUCAGUUUGCCAUUACUGCAACUAAUGAGCUUGGUGAAAGCCUAAAACAGGAGAAAGCAAAUAUCCAGCAAGUCAAGGCAGAAGGUAGUAUGUUCAAAUGAAUCUUAUUUUCGCCUUUCAAAGGUUAUCUUUUCUUUACUUAGUUUUCAAGCACUCUCCGUGUCACGAAUAUCGAGGUUUUUACGGGUGAAUUCUUCGCUUGCAAAAAACCUGAAUCAAUAUGAAAAAUUUCACUUACGUCGCAGCAGAUAUAUGUGUGCCAAUUGCAAAGAUAUGGCAUAUCUAGUAACUGAGAUUUCAAUCAUUUUCUCUCAUUUCACCACCACUGCACUCCAUUCUUCAUACCAAUGAGAGCGACUUCGCACUUACCCUCCUCUACGCGCCGUAAUUUCGACAACAGAUUACUGAACCGCGAGAACUCAGAAGUGGCCUAUUGCCUAUUGGUCAGAAAUACUUUGUAAAUAAAUGAUCAACCCGAGGCUUUAACCUCGCGUGCAUAACACAAAACUUUUCCUUUCAUAAAUAAUGUUGAGACUGCCACCAUCAAUGUCAUCUAUUUCAUAACUUGCGGUUAUUUCAAAAAUUUAUACUUCGGCGAAAAGGAAGACGACUUGGGGAACGAUUCUGAGAACACCAUCGUGACGCAAAAUACAAGAAAAACAAUAUGUCUCAAAUUGGCCUCCCACUCGUACAUUUUAUGCCAGUGUUCUUUUUAAGUAAAGGCUUUAUACAUGAGUUCAAAUGAUAAUUCUUGUGCAAACAAACAAACAAACGUUCAUUUUAAGUCGUAUUUUGUUUUUCCCCAGUUCAAACAGUAAGCACAGAAGUUUACCUGACAGCGACAAUACAGGAGAACUGUAGCAGACGUUCAGAAGUUGCUGCGAAAUUUCCAGAAAUGGUGAGAUAAUCUACUUGAUCCAUAUACUGGAGUUUAAGGAAUACUGCCAUGAGAUUUAUCAUGAAAAGUGAAUCUUGAUCAAUCUGUUCUUGAAUCAAAUCUUAAUAUUUCUGUUAAAAAAAAUAAGAUAUUCUGAACGAUCUUCAAUAUGUGACAAGCAUUUUAAUGUACGUUUUUUCUUGAUAUGUCCUUUUAGGCUUGUCAAAUUGCCUUUAGGUUUGGCUGCUCAUCCGCCAACACUGUGAACACCAGGUAAGGUACAGUUUGUUGUUCUAUACUGAAACAACAAAUGCAAACUCAAAUUUGCCUUCUAGUAGGGGAGAAGAGCUUUAUUUCAAUGUGUUGUAUUUUAGCUGUAAAAGUGUUUAUUUCUGCUCUAGCAAAUCUUAUUUAAUACAAGAUAAUUUAUGUUUGAAGUAUAUUGUCUUUAAUAUUGUCUUUAUUUACCUUGGUUUAAUACAUUGGUUAAAUCUCAAUAUAUUUUAACACUUAAAAAUCACCAAAGUACGAAUGUGUGCGAUGAUACUCUCUGCUCUCUCUCUCUCCCUCCCCCACCCCCCUUAUCUAGGUGUGGCAGUGUUGUUCUUGACUUUUUGAUGAGGUUCAAUCAAACUGUAGUCGUCAGCAAUGUUUUGAUUGUCCUGUCGGAUGCUGCAAGGCAAGACAAAUUCAGAGGUUUUAAAGUCAAUCCAGACUCAAUUAAACAAGUUUUAAUACCCACAGAUGGCUCGGAAAGCACAACAAAAGGUAAAUUUUACAAAGACAUUGUUCAAUGUUUACACGUAUUCUUCCGAAGAUGGACUGUUUAUAAUUGUAUUCCGUAUCUAUUUAAUUAAACAACUUAUUCUGUGACUGAUACACUUCCAAGUUUUUGUUUUUUUCGUUGUUGUUUUAUUUAAUUAAACAAAGUCUUACUCUUAAAAAUUAUUUUAGAGAGAGUAGCACCUUACUCUUCCUUCGUACCAAGCCAAUUAGAGUUAACGUUUUCCGGUCAUGAACCUCAGCUAUGUAGAGAGAGCAGUGUAUCGACCAGGAUCAGUGUAAAUGUUGUUUGAAUGUUAUUUCAUCAAGCUUUGCAAAAUGAAUCAUUUUAGGUCCUGAGGAAUGUAACUGCCCAUCCAACAACGUCUUGUUGGCCGUAAUUGGGGUUCUUGCCUUCACAGUCCUUCUUCUAAUUAUUUACAUAAUCUGGCUGCAUAAGAAAGGUAGGUAAAAGAAUCAUAAUCUAUGUUUGGCUGCAAGAUUCUUUUUCACGCAAAAGCAAAUUUUUACUCACGUUUACAUCAUUUGUAUUUUUUCCUUUCGUUCUUUUUCAGGUGCUGUAGGGAAACAGAGGUAAGAAUUUUCUGCCAGUUGGAUUGUGUCGAUGUAAUGUGCCCGACAUGGUUUCAUCUUAACACAAAACUCCAAUAAAAACUGAUGAAAUUCUUAGCGUUUUAUAAUUAUUUCUAUGCUUUCUCAAUUGUAGGACUUAUGAAGAUGAGAGACGUGUUUGCGACGUAAGUUACAGCUAAGACAUUGAGGUCAUGUUAGUGUGACCAGAAAUUAUGUAAUCUUACUUUACCUCUACUUUCUAUGAGAAAAUAAACGCUUGCAGCAAAUGAGAAGGAAAAAAUGUGUACUUCUACUUAAAAAAAGCAUAUUGCAUCAGAUCGCUAAUUGGUCUGCACCCGGUUGAUAUUUGCUUUCUAAAUAAUAAAUUUCGUGCAUUUUGGCCGUCGUAUUUUCUUGAUGCCUUAUUUUCUAAACGUGAGUUUAGGUACUGCAAGAGUUGUUUCGUGCGUUUAUUUGUCAAAAUAUUGGACUACCAAUCGACAAUCUUCACGUUGCAGUUUGUAGCUUCGACGAAUAUGCUAUGAGCCUCGAUCACUCUAUUGGACAUGAUAGUUUCAAAAGCAGAGAACAAAAUGUUAGUAAUAAUAAGGACAAGAGGUUAUAAACUAUUUAUAAUCUCUUAUCAUGGAAGAAUAUAAACAUUUGUCUGAUAUAAAUGGGUGAACUGAUUUUUAUAACCAUGAGGCACUUUUUACUUGGAUUAAUAACAGAUUUGGAUAUGAAUACCUUAACAGUGUGUUGGUUUAAUAGAAUGAAACAUUAUUAGAAGAUAUCGAACCAAGUCUACCUGAUUCAAGAAAACUCACCCAGCCUCAUGCAGAAUACAUGGAUCUCAUAGAAGUCAACAAAGAUGAUAGAAAAGCACAAAGUACCCCUCCAGGUGCUGAUUACGUGCCUCUUCAUCCAUUAACACGCUGCUGGGAAGUUCCUAGACAUAACGUGACCAUAGAAAAAAUCAUUGGUAAAGGUGCUUUUGGUCAGGUUGCCAAGGGAACAGCAGUAGGACUUCGAGGGAGUCCUGAAACGACUACAGUGGCUAUUAAGAUGCUUAAAAGUGAGCUAUUGUACUGUAAAUUGAAUGAGUCUUGGCCUACAGACAUUCAGGAAAUGUUACCGGGUUACUGUAAUUAUUUAGCUAUUUGCCAUUUCAUAAGUUAUGUUGUUAUUCCGACAUUUCGCAUAUUAUUCCCGUUAACCAAAUUUUACUUCUUGUUUUUAAUGCUCCAGCAAACGCUGCUGAAUCGGACAAGAGAGAUCUGAUGAAAGAACUUGACACAAUGAAACAGCUAAAACCACAUCCUCACGUCAUUAAACUUCUGGGAUGUGUUACUGAAUCUGGUAUGCUUUGGUUAUGCGGGUCUAAUUUUGCUGUACACAUUUUUCUUAUGAUUUACUCUGUAACGCUUUCUCGUCAUUGAUAAUUUGCCUCAGUGGAAGGGUGACCGCUUCGCAAUUGAGCAAAACAAACAACCAUCGCAUAAGGUAAUUUUAUCUUAUUUAAGCCAACACAGACGUUCCUGGAUUUACUGAUAGACUAAUGCCGCAUUCACACCAAAGCUUAAACAUGUUUAAAAGUUGUUUUGUUAAACACAGUUUAAUUUUUUUUUUCUUUUUAGAAACUAUUUAACCGAAUAUUUUUGACUUGAAUGUAGCACAUUGGAAAUGCAAGUUAGCAAGUACUUGAAUCCAAUGGAAAAUCAAGUUUUUCAGUGCUCUGUUUAUAAUUUUCAUUCAAUGAAAACCAGUUGAACAAAACAUGUUUUGCUGGUGUGAAUGGGGUAUAAGACCGAAUAUUUGCCACUGAACAGAUCAUUCUGUUGUAGAAGCAGAAACGCUUUUUGUAAGGGAAUAAUUAGUCUGUACUUUCUUAUGAGACCGUCGCAUAGUUUUUCUUGUUUUCAUGCGAUUUCUUCAAAAGUGUUGACCAUGACUGGGCUAUUCAUCUAUUUCAAUUACCGCUUUUUUUUUAUAAGAAAGUAACAUAUCAAUUAAAUUGUUUAAUUUCUUCAGAACAGCUGUUGGUUUUGAUUGAAUAUGUGCCUUUUGGGGAUCUGCUGGGUUACCUGAGAAAGAGCCGUGGAUUAAAAGACACUUACUACAAAGACCCGGAUAUCAAACCACAAACAAAUCUGACGUCACAGCAGCUGAUGAAGUUUGCUUGGCAAAUUGCUGAUGGAAUGAGUUACUUGUCCGCAAAAUCUGUAAGUUAGUUAAAAACACAAAAGACAAACAAUUCUAAAACCUUCUCGUGAGGUCUAUCGUCAUGUUAAGCUCUGUCUUGCAUGGAAUAUUAUGUCUUCUCAAGAUCACGCCUGGGAGAUGCAGACGCAUUCUUACCGUCUUGUCGAGGUUAUUUCUUUAGGGCCGGGAACCCUCACAAUUUUGACGUUAUUAUCUAAGUUUUAUUUCAUUGUGAGAAUGGCGAUAUUUGUGCAUCGUUGCAAGUGCACCCCAUCGAAAUAAAAUAUCUGGGUUUUUCUCGUGUGGGCAAAGGCAGAGACGUGAAUGAAUAGGAUCUUUUAAGAUAUUCAUCUUAAACUGAGCGUACAACAAAUAUCCAUUUUAGUGACAAGGAAGAAAAGGAAUUAAAACCUCAAAUUAAGAAAUUCGUCUCUGGUUGCUAAACUGCUUCAUUACAGAAUCCUAUUUCGAUUAAAAUGUUAAGAUAAGCGUUACAUAAAAUAAAUACGUAUUGCAGAAAUAAAGUAGUUUGCUUCUCUUUGGAAUAUGGAGCAGAUAUUGUAGUAGUUUUCACUCUCUGCCAGCUGGAAGAAAGAGAAAUGCACACACCAUAUUAUGUUGCUAGAUAUUUCUAUUUUCCUCUCUGAACCAUUUCAUUUCAGUUCUUUUUCUUCUACAAUCGCUAAUUUUUGCUGUUACAUCAAUGCUUUCAUAGAUCAUUCACCGAGACCUUGCGGCCCGUAAUGUGUUGGUUGGACAAAAGGAAACGUGUAAAGUGACAGACUUCGGAAUGGCCAGAGAUGUGCAGCAGGAAAAUAUUUAUGAACGAAAGACAAAGGUAAUCAAGAAAAAGGGGAGGUGAGGGCGGUAUUACAUAUCGUUCAGUUUAGUGAUCUUUCACAAUCAUUGUUGUGGUAAAGCUGAUUUAUUCCUGAUUUCGAUCAUGAAUUCCUUGGGACCCCAAUGAAACUAUCAACCAUGCGUUUACGAGUACAAUUUUAAAUAUCACUAUUUUUGACUACUCGCUUCCAAUAAUUCGCGAGCCGUUUCACAAAGUGAUAUUUAAAAUCUUUAGGGCCGUCUUCCAGUGAAGUGGACAGCUUAUGAGGCCUUAUUGUAUGGUAAAUAUACCACCAAAAGUGACGUGUAAGUAUACCUGAUUAUAACCCGUAGCAGUUUAUCAAAAAUUUUAUCAAUUUUAAUCAGGACUUGAAUUCUAGUGAUGCUUUGUCAAAGAAUACAUAUAUUUUAUUCGUGGUAUAUACUGUUUAUGUCUAUAGUCACUUAAUUUAUAUUCGUUUGAUUUUCUUUCUGCAGAUGGAGUUAUGGAGUUCUGUUAUACGAGAUUUUCACCAUAGGUAACAUGGAAUGGAAUUUUAUAAGGCUCUGUAGAUGUUUUUUGCUUUAUACCAUGUUUAAUUAAACAAUGUAUCGUGUUCAGUUUGACAAACGUAAUGAGCUUCAAACUACAUCUAGUGACAAAGGUGGUGUUUCAUUGAAGGUCGUUUUUUGUCACAUUUAUAUUUCGAUGGUCUUGUGGUUCUUCCAGGCGGUUCACCUUACCCACGAAUGGAUGGAAGAAAAAUUGCAAACUUACUCCAGGAUGGAUACAGGAUGCCUAAACCACAACACGUCGAUGAAAAAUUGUAAGUUUUCUUUAUUUACUUGUUCUCCCUCGUCGUACAAGGAAACAUUCUUUAAAUCUUUAACAGAUUAUUUGAAUAAUACCAGGUAUCAGAUCAUGAUGAAAUGCUGGAAGAAUGACCCAGACACAAGACCAACUUUCACUGAAUUGAAAAAUCAGCUUAAGGACAUGGAAACCCUACACAAGGUCAGAAUUUUUAUCAAUAUG